GACUUUUGUAAGGUGCAUAGCUUGAGUUGAACACGUGGCAGCUCCACAGCCACGCAGUGCAUGUAAUUGGGAAUCAUGUAUAGCAGGCUUCUGUAAAUAGCUUCUGUCAUAUUGGGGUUUCAGUCUUUUCUUUGUUUGAAUCUUACAGAUUCUGGGUUUUUGCUCUCUCUCUCUCUCUCUCUCCAUUUUCUCUCUCUAAAAGUUUAUGUGAUCUUUUCAAGAUUAGGUCAAAUGUUUGUUCUUGAUUUUACUUAAAUUUUGUUUCUUUUUUUUUUUUUUUUGUUGAGGCGGAUAACACGAUUUUGCCAUAUUAAGAAACAGGAGAAAAAAAAAAGUGAGAUUGGGUCAACUUUGAUUUAACUGCCAAUGAUUUGAGAGAAGCAAGAAGGAUUUUGUUAUCUUAAUAGACGACGAUAAUGAUGAAUUCAAGCAACAAAGGGGUUAACUUCGGACUUGAAUCGGGUUCUAAGAAUUACAGCGUAGAAACACGUUCGAAAAGUAGUAGUACAGGUGCAGGUGGAAAUGCAAAAUCGAGAAUGGACAUGGCAUUUGCAGCAUCUGAUCCUUUAUCCGAAUUAGUUUGGUCGUCCAAUAAAGGUUUGGGCCUCAAAUGUGCCGAUAAAAAAAAUGUGGGCCCCGGCGCAAAGGAGCUUUCGACUGCACAGAAGUUGACUAGAUUAAAGUCAAUGCUCAAAGGGGAGGACAGAAUCGAUGAUGAUAAAGAUGAUGAAGGUACCUCGUUUGGCUUGGAUGCUUCUCACAUAUUCUCUGAUGGUUGUAGUAAUGAUAAAAUGGAGGAGAAAGCUGGCAAAGUUGAUGUACAAAUUGCUGAUAUUGCUGAAUGUAGCAAAAGAAAUGCUGAAGAUAGUUUAGCAGAAGGGACCUCUGAAAGUAAAGUCAACACGGUAAUAAGAGGAACUUCGUGCGGUCAUAUUAUCGGCUCAGCUCUUCCCAUUAGUUCAAAACCUCAUGCUGACGAUGAAGUGACAUCAGCAGCAUCUACAGACACAAAGAAGAACACGAAGAAGAAGAAGAAUAAAACUAGUAUUCCCAUUUCUGCCCCUCCAAUGGAAAUCGAGGGCUGUGCCGAAAACGAUUUAGCUCAAAAUAGCAGGAUUUGUUUGUCCCAAGAAAACGGGAAAGAGAAAGCCUUGUCUGAUGACAAGGAUGACAGCCAUGUCAGCAUGGAAAGCUGUAAUAGUGCUACAUUAUUCUCGAAAGGCGUAAAGAAACGAUUUUUGGAACAAGGGCAUCAGCUAGUCGAGAGCAAAAAAAUGAAAAGUCAAAUCGAGGGAAAUAAUUACGGUUCUACCUCUGUUGUAAAACCCGACAGCUCCUUCAUGAACUGGAUAUCGAACAUGGUGAAGGGCCUCUCAGAUUCUAAUAAUAAAAAAGACCCUUCUGCCCUUGCUCUUGUUUCUCGGCCCGAAAAUGAUUGCAAAAGCCCGAAUGCCGGAUUCCAAUCCGUAUUUCGAUCAAUGUAUACGUCUGACAAAAAAGCAUAUGAAGGUGAAAAGGACAACUCUUGCAAGCAGAUUGUUCUAUCUAAUAAAGAUGUAAAUCAACGUACAUCCGGGGGUAGUAAUGUCCAUCCGAUUAAUCCGUGGAUUUUCUCUUUGAAAGAUGAGGUAAGCCCGUCUGGUUCUUUCUCCAAAGAGGCGAAGACCACGACAGAAAACACGAGCCCGAAUAUCCCUUUACCUGAAAAAAGUAACCCUAGUGGCAGUUUGUGGAUUACUCGUCUUUAUACAAGAACACCUGGCGUUGAAAACUUGAACAAGGUUAUUACUAAAGAACCCUUCUUCCCAAAAGCAGCUAAUAAUCUUGAUUGUGAGAAAAUUUCCGAGGCAAAUGGUGAUUCUUUUGAUUUGAAGCCACCUCGUAAAUCUUCAACGUGCGCGUUGAUAUGUUUCUAUUGCGGGAGAAGUGAUCAUUAUUUACGUAAAUGCCCCGAGUUGACAGAAACUGAAAUCAAGGGUCUACAAGUGAAAAUCGGCUCGUUUGAUAAAGUGGAGGAAUCUUGUUGUUUCUGUAUUAGAUGCUUUCGGUUCGACCAUUGGGCGAUUUCUUGCCCCUCUGUGGCGGUGCCGCCACGUAGGCGCCAUGUGGCUUGCACGAGCAAGAAAUCAUCUUUUGCAUCCGAUUCUGAAAAUUAUUUGAAAUUUCCGAGGGGUAUUUUCGCCAAUUCGCAGGAUGCGGUUGCCGAGGGAGAAAUCUUCCGUGCGAUAAAGAAGCUGCGAAUGUCUCGAUCUGAUAUUCUCAGAUUGAUGAAUUCGAAUAUCUCUUCGACGCAUUUGAAUGGUUUUUUCUUGCGUUUGCGGCUCGGAAAGUUGGAAGCAGGGCUAGGUUGGACCGGUUACUAUGUUGCUCGUAUAACUGGUUAUACGACAGAGAUUAUCGAUUACAAGUCCAAGAAGUCAAUUUUGGUAGAUGUUGGAGGGAUCAAAUCAUCCGUUGGGAGUCAAUACGUGUCAAACCAUGAUUUUCUUGAGGACGAGAUCAAGGCAUGGUGGAGCAGAUUAUCGAAAACGGGUGACAAGAUUCCUUUGUUGGAUGAGUUAAAUUCGAAAUUCGAGGAUAGAGAAAGUCUUGGUUUCUAGUUAUUACGGUUUCUAUCUUUUUUUCUUCCGACUCGAGCAAACACUUGUGUAUAUGUAAGUAGCUUAUGAGGUGUUCAGGUUUUUCUUUUUUCUCGCGAACAAAUUUUCGGGGUCGAAUAAUUAUUUACCAUUAGUUUAUGUCAUGACUCAUGAGAGUUUCAUGUACAUACAAGUAAAGUUGGAGAUUAUGUCAAUAAAUCAUAAUAUUUUUUACAUAAUUUUUAGGGAUGGUAACGAAUAGUGUUUAUAUU